AGAAACUGACAUAACACUUCUCUUCCUGUACACUAUGCAGUGUUGCUUUUAUACAUUUGGCCUCAUUUUGAUGCUGUUUAAUUUGCUGUGGACCCAACAAAAUAAGGACUUGGCAAAGGUUGCACAGCUAGCUAGAUGCUACAAGCAUCCUGUCAGUAAUAACCUUCAGACCACAAUGGGAAGGAUCUUGCCAGUCAGUACCUUAUUUGGUCAAAAUAAGGAUCAGCUUGAUCCUAUAAACUUGAAAUAUAUUUUGAGUACUUCUCAGUCUCAGUUUUAUCUGUUUGCUACCCAGGCCUUCUCUACCUGAGCAAGUCAAAAUUCCUAUUUAAAAGUGCUCUUCUAAAAAGUGUGUCGUAUUUCAUUUCAAUUCUCUAAUUCUGUCAAUAAUAAAUUAUUACCAGUGGCUGCAUUACCAAGGAGCCUGUAAAGAGGGUAUAAUCACAUUAUUAUGACUACAAAAAUUUGCAUUUUUGUAAAAGUUAUUGGUGUACGAUCUCCCAAAGAAUACACAUGGGAAUGGAAUACAUCUACUUCAGAGUCACUAAAUCUAUAUAAAUUUGUUCGUUUAAACUUAAUACAUAAAAAACGUAUACAUCAAAAAGAUACUAUGCAUCUUUGGCAUAAAGAUGAGAAAAUUCUCAAUGGAGAAAGCCCAUGUAGUAGUUAUGAAAGGAACAGUAAGGAUAUAAUAGAGUUGCACUUGAUUGUUGUAACCAGACUCGAAGUUAGCAUUACACUCAAGAUUAAAUUUCAAAACAAAGAACUUAAAGACAAAAUUCCGUUCAAUGUAAAAGAUACAAUAGAAACUCUACUAAAAUACUUUGGUCUGCUACCAGAAAAGGUUGUGAAAUUAAUGGAAGGAGAUGAAGAAGUCACACAUGAAGAGUUAAUAGUUGACACUCCUUUCUACAAAGGAUUAAUAAUUGAAUAUGAUGACGAACCACCACGGAAAUGUAAAAUCAUAAUGAUGCAAGAUACUAUUGGUCGUCCAAGUGAUUAUGGAAAGGAUCCAAAGGAAACAAAGACAAGAAAAGAAAAACUCCAAAAAGAAGGCACACCAAUCUGUGAUCAUCGUGAUGAUGUUAUUGGCGAUGACAUCACGUUAUAUUACCCAGGGUUCCAGAAAUUCAUUGAAGAUUCUAAUGAUGCUAGCAUUGUGCUGGAAAGAGAAGAUUACGAAUUCGCAAAACGAAUGUGCACUGAAAUGUCAAAGUAUUUUAAUACUGAAGAACCUCGACAUAAUGAGUUUUUCAAAAUAUUGAGUCUGAAAUUCAAAACGUUAAAAGGUGAACUUGUCCAUGAAAAUAAAGGGUAUAAGGUGGAUAUAUCAAUUGGUACAGAAUGUUACAUACUCAUUGAGGUUAAGAAUGAGAGUGGCGAUAGCUAUGCACAAGUCAUUGGGUAUUAUGUACAAUCUUUAAAAGGUAAAUAUCCAGAUCAAUGUCCAGCCCCAGCUUAUCUCCUAGAAUUAGUCGGUCCACAGUUAUCCAUAUCAGGUGCUGUGUUUGGCAAAUACGUAUUUGUUGAUAGGCUAGUCGAUUCUGUUUGGCUCGUACCUCAUCAAAACGAAGAAGCAACCAUCAGGGUUGCUAGAAUACUCAAAGCUUUAAAAGAUGCCAUUAGAGAAAUACAGGCCUAUUAUAAAAAUAAUACUAGAAUAGAUAACCCAGAAUUUCCUGUCUUUCAAUCAUGCGAUAAAGGUAGCAUUCAAUAUAAGGAAAGAAUGAAGAGGCACAUCUUUAAAGGUACCCUCACAUAUAACAAUGGUGAAGAGGUUGAUGUAAUCAUCAAGUUUACAAAGCGAUACUGCCGUGAAGCACAUGCUCUAAUGUACAAAGAAGGAUGUGCACCUCAACUAAUCCACUAUGAAGAGAGAGUAGGAGGAACUCAAUACACAGCAGUUGUCAUUGAAUACAUUGAUGGAAUUAUGCAUCUUGAUGAAUACUUAAAAGAAUAUCCAGAUAAUAAAAGCGAACCUGAACCUUUUCAAGAUGCACUAAAGGUAUUGCAUGAUCAUGGAUUCUGUCAUGGCAAACUAACUUCAAAUAACAUUUUCAUGGAAUUUAAAGAUGGCAAAGAUUAUAUCAACAUAGUUAAUUAUGAGUGGGCAGGAAGGAUAGGAGAAGCAAGGUACCCAUUUUCAGCCGAUAUUCCAGACGGAAUUGAACCUGGAGAUCUUAUCUCAAAAACAUGGGACAGGGCACAACUAGAUAAAUUUUUUGAUAGCACUGACUCUAGAUAGAGCCUCUAGCUCAGCUAGCUCUACUAGUAGUCCUUAGUUACUAAUUAUUUUUCUUAGAAUACAUUUAGUAUUAUUAUUGUCAUUUUGUCAUUUUAGGUAUUUCACUAUUUUUAAUGAAAUUUCUUUUCAAUGAUUUGUGAAAGUUUUGCUUACAAUUAAAAAUAAUAUUUUAA